AUGGAAGCUCCUUUGAAGAAGCGCCGCGCAAGCAAACCCAAAGGCAAGACAGGCUGCCGGACUUGCAAGGUCCGUCGAGUCAAAUGUGACGAGGGUCGACCAGCCUGUACCCGAUGCGUUUCCACUGGCCGGGUCUGCGAUGGCUACGGCAUCUGGGGCGGGGGAGGAAACGCGUUUGGUAGUCGUAUACCCAGAGCAGAAGCUCAGCAGACCGCGCUUGUGACUUACAGCACACCAGUGCCAAUGGACUAUGUCACAGCAGAUGAAGGGUCCUACGUCGAGUGGUUCAUCCAACACGCCAUCUUCAAAAUUGGCGGGAUGUUUCCUUCUGAGUUCUGGAAUAAACUGGUCAUCCAGGCUCUUUUUCAGGAGUCGGCUGUGCGCCAUGCCGUCUUGGCCUUAUCAUCCGCCCACCGAUACGGGGCGCAGCACCAUGACGAGUAUCCUUUGAAAAGCGACCGUCCCAGUGAAAACGAGCGAUUUACUCUUCGGCACUACAACCGAGCGAUUGGCUGUCUGAAGACCGAAUUUGGCCGCGAGACUGGGCAACUACAGAGUAAAAUGGUUGCCCUUAUCACUUGCAUGCUGUUUGUGACACUGGAAAUGCUCCGGGGUCAAUAUAAAACAAGCCACACUCACCUACAGCAUGGAGUAAUGCUGUUGAGAGAGAUAAAAGCCCAACGGGAUACCUCACGGAAUGGAGAUCUUAUCAAGGCCAUGCCACAAACCGCUGCAGAUGAUAUUAUGCAAGUCUUUGGCCGACUGGCUAUACAGUCUGCUCUAUUCGGACAAAGGAUACGAUACCUGAACCCAGGGGAUAUUGAACCUGAUGACUUGCCCAACAGGUUUCAGUCCGUUGCGCAAGCAAGACGGUAUUUGGACGUUCUUCUUGCGCGAACGCAAUCUCUGGUUGAGAUGUGUCGUCAGAUCGAGAUAGGCACGGCUAUGCUGCAUAGCUACGACCAGCUACUCGAACUUCAGGGUUGUCUCGAAGAGGAGUUGGAUCUAUGGCUUGUGGUCUACAAUUCAUCCCUCGACACACUCCUGCCUCGUGGAUUCUCCCAAGCUCUCUUGGCGUUGAAAAUGCUCAAGAUAUACCACACCAUGGCCCUGAUCAUGGUUGUGACCUGCGUCCCGUGGAAUGACCAAGUCGCGUUCGAUCUCCAGACAGAAAGGUUCAUCCUCAUCAUCAACGACAUCAUCUGCGCCUGGCAAGCGGUCAAAGCUGCGUACCCCAAGCUUGCUAGUGGCUCGCUUGGAACAGCUUUUACCAUGGACAUGGGCUUCAUCCCUCCCCUAUACUACACCGCACUCAAAUGCAGAGUCCCUCGCAUUCGAAGACAAGCAAUCAGGCUACUUCGAAUGGCUCCCCACCGUGAAGGUGUAUGGUCGAGCUCCCUCACAUCCAGAAUCGCCGAGGAGGUUAUAGCAGUUGAAGAGCGAAAAGUUGACGCAACCCUUCGGUCGGAGGAUAGCUUCGAUGCUCUCAGCGUGCCAGAAGAGAGCGAAUUGGAGAUGAAGUUACUACCUCACCUUUCCCGGAUCUCCGAUGUACGUGUCAAUUUACCCGAUGAACCGACUGGGAACGUCACUCUGUCUCUUUGGCAAAUUCAGGACGGUAAUUGUUGCAAGGUGCAUGAGAAGGUGUUCGCUAUGGGAGAACAAGCUGUUCCCGGCACUCGCUGCGUACCUUGA